UUUUCUCUUGCAAUGCAAUCAAGGCAUCAUUCAUUGCAAUGAUAAGGACCCGAUUUGGAUGUGACUGAUCCGUGAAGGGUUAAGAUAGCUAUUUGCACAGCAUCUCAGGUACAUCCAGCUCAAGGUUUGACCAAGCUGGUCCCAGUGUUCAGUCACAUGAAGUGAAGCCUCGCCUGGCACAAUGAGCAGCUGGCUGCAGAAGGCGCCCUUCGGGGACUCCAUCCUGGCCAGGUUCCGCACCAGUCUGCCAGUGAAGGAUGAGGUGGACAUUGAUGUUUGUGUGGAGAGCUUCCACUCACACUGGGAACAGGCAUGGACCAAGAUGCAGGCACAUCAGGAUGGAACUGUUGCUGUCACCAUGGAUGAGGUGAACACCGUGCUGAACCACACAGACCAGCUGCGGGCGCUGGUCUGCUGGGAGCUGGAGCAGCAGCAGGGCAGCCUGCCCGGCCGGCUGGCCGACCUGUUCCUCUCCAACCGCGUCCCGGAGCGGCUGCUGGCCUGGAGCAGCUGCUGCGGCCAGUUCGAACCGCUGCUGCAGUCGGAGCUGCUGCGCGUGUUCGAGCAGCUGCUGCGCGCCGGCGGCGGCUCGCUGCUGGAGCAGCGCGCGCUGCUGCGUCCGCUGACGGCGCUGCUGGUGCGGUGCCGCAGCGCGCCGGCCGCCGAGCAGCACCGGCGGCUGGUGCUGGUGCUGGCGCAGCUGUGCGCGGCGCUGCAGGCCCGGCCGGCGCUGCUGGACCUGUUUCUGGGCGUGGAGCCGGACGGCAGCGUCUCCAGCUGCGUGGUGUUCUCGCUGCUGGUCGAGUUUGUGCACAGCGCCGGCGUGGUGGGCGCCACGGCGCGCGAGGCGCUGCUCCGCUGCACCCGGCUCUCCGCCGACAGCCGGCCGCUGGCCGAGUUCAUCGUGCACCACUCGGACUUCUGUGAGGUGCUGGCCACUGGUCUGAGCGGCCUGUACUCUGCCCUGCCGCGCACACCGCCCGCCGAGGACGAGGAUCUACCAGAGGUGGAUGCCUUCGUCUGCUCCCUGCAGUUCUGCAACUCGGUGCUACAGACAUGCCACCCGAUGGUGUCAGCCGUACUGCUGGAGCUGGUCUACCAGGGAUUCCUGGUGUCCGUGAUGGGACCGGCACUACACCAGAGCUCGUCCGAGGCGGUGGUGACGGCCACCACGUACCUGGAGCUGUGUAUCCGCUCUGUGGACCACCCGGGACUGGUGCGCGCCCUGGUACGACUGCUGCUCCGGCACCGACACGAUGGGGUGGCCGUCAUCGACACACUGGUACAGCGGAUUGCUGCCACGCAGAGGCUGGCGGUGGCGACGCUCUCCCUCCUGCACACCCUGCUGAACCUCAACUGCGAGGACGUGCUGCUGGAGUUGGUGCUGCGCCACCUGCUGCCCUGCUCCCACCUGAUGGCCUCACAGCGCAGUCGGGUCACCGAGACGGACCUGUACGGCGCCGGGGCGCGGCGGCUCCUCUCCCUGGUCCCGGCCUGCUGCCAGCCGGCGGCGGCCGCCGACCCGCGCGCCGCCGCCGCUGCCUGGCUGCAGUGUGUCCGAGAGGCGCGACUGGCUCUCACCGCCUGCAGACUCGCCACGAGUCGCUGGACCUAUGCGUAUGAUGGGUCCGAUCCGUCACCGGCAGAGGCGGAGCGGAUGACACGCCGUCGACCGUCGAGUGUUGGAUCACUGUCGUUACUAGGAAUGGAGGAGAGGGGAGAGGCGGACGGAGAGACCGGAGGGGAGGCGGCGGCGACUGCGGCAGCGGGGACGCGGCUGAGUGCGGCAGUCGGUGGUGGACCCGGUGGCUCUCCCGUGGUACACGGCUGGCGACUGGGGCGACUUCAGGAGACCGGUACAGCCGCAGGGGAGCGAACGGGGUCGCCCCAGUCCGAUACAGCAGCUGACGAGUCGUCCACAGCCGCAAAGGAUGGAGAACAGACCUCAAACGACGACGGGAAGGACGUGUCAAGUAACCCGGAUAGCCUGCAGAGCAAUCCUGACGGACUGGGCUCGGACGGCGGCUCAGAGGCCGGCAGCAGCGAUGCGUCUGUCAAAAGCCAGGUGUGGGCUACACCGCCGCGACCUCGGCCCCCUCGGCGUCCGACUGCGUCCGCCGCCGGUCCAGACCCGUACCCCGAGCUGGACCUGUCAGAGGGGGAUGUCUGGGCCACGCCUCGGACUUCUCUCGGAGCCUCCCGCGUGGGACCGGCGGACGACACCCCACGACAGCUGGGCGUCCUCGCCAUCCUACCAGACGAGGAAUCGUCAGGCACCGAGUCUUCCCGCGGCGGUGGAGGAGAGACGGUGUCACUGUCUGGCGCAGAGGUGAUUGGUGAAGAGGUGAGGCGCGACUCUGGGGCUGUCACCGGUAGUAUCGACUCGGCAGAGGAGGCUGUUGUUGCCCUCGGGGAGGAUGGCGGACUGGCUGGGACGGACCCGUCGCUAGUCGAAGAUCAUAUUCCAGCCGCCAGUGGCCCGGUGGAGGGGUCUCAAGGACAGUCCGCUCCCGAUGUCAACUCCUCACUUCAGUCUGGGAUAGAAGAGUCGGACGCUGAUGACGGCUCACACGUCGUCAGUCUGUCAGAUCUCAUUUCCACCCACUGUCCUUCUGACUCUGAAGACGAUGGCGACCGACCGGCUCCAGUUAAUGCCCAGGAUGCUACCUCAAGCGAGAAUGCUACCACCGCGGCCGACAGGAGCGCUCAGGAAAGAUCACUCAAACCUGCGAAAGACACCAAGGAAACCGUGUCACCCUGUCGAGACCUGUCGACGUUCGUGGAGCGGCACGGCGGCACAGUGCGAGCGCCGCCACCUCCGCCCGGGUCAGCGCCCGUGUCGGGGUCGGGGUCAGUGCCGCAACCGCCACUGCUGAGUGAGCGGAGUGCGGGGGCUGAUACAACGACUGCCGUUCCUACUAUAGGCCCGUUCCUGCUGGCGCUGCUGGAGCGUCUGGACCGGGCCACCACCAACAGCCUGCAGCUGAACCUGCUGCUCAUGUCGGUCAUCAGCCGGCUGGCGCACUACCCGCAGCCGCUGCUGCGCUCCCUGCUGCUCAACCCCACACUCGUCUGCCAGCCCAGCGUACGGUCUCUCAUUCAGACCCUGGGCAGUCUGAAGCACCGUAUCGACCUGGCCACGCGCUCCGUUCAGGACGCCCCCGGCCUGGUGCGGUGGGCCCGCAGUAGACUGGAGGCGCGACCCGCAGCCGCCGGUGUCGCCGCCCCGGCCAGCCCCGGCUUGAGUCCGUCCCCUGCCUCCGGUCCCGGCUCCCUCCCCAGUCCCGUCCAGGGUCUGACCUCGGGUCCGGCCAGCCUGCCGGCGCAGCUGGGUGGCGCACAGACGGCGGCAGCUUCCUCAGAGGGCGACUCGGGCGGGUUCAGUCUGACUGGAUUGGCCGGCCGGCUCCGGAGGGUGCUGCCUGCCGUCUCCCUGACUAUGGAAAAUAGCGACCAGCCGCGGCGGCGGCCCGCCGACAUCAUAUCCAGGACCUCUGUGGGCCCGGACCGGCCCGAGUGGGACGCCAGCGAGCGGCGCGUGGCGCUGACGGCCGUCCUGCUGGAGCAGUGGCUGGCAGAGCUGGCCGCCGUCGCCCUCGAACACAGCGUCGCCACCGACAGGCUAGUCUUCGCCUUCUGAUGCGACGCAGACCGCUGCUUCAAAGACGCUUCCCGGCUAGUAUUCAGGCGUGCAUUUCGCUAGUUUAUGCUGCGAUUCGCGUCCAGGCUAGUUAUUUCCCUCAAAACUUGCUUUUAGGCUUGUAGUUAUCCUCUUCUGUUAGAACUAUCACGCUAGAUUUCGCGCUUUGGCCUGCUAUAAUUACGCUCUGAUAUGCCCCUGCGGUAGUAAUUAUCGUAGAAGGCCUGAUCUCGCGCUGUAUCGCAGCUAAAUCCGUUGGCUGCUUUGUCUUUAAUGCCGGUUUAUCGUUCAUCGGCUCAUGAAGUCGAAACGCGUAUCACGUUUCGUGUCAAUCACACGGAAAGCUCGUAUUCAUCUUAUUCAUUUGGCGUAAGGUGGAAGCAACUUUGUUGCCAUCAACUGCCGUUAGGUUAAAGUUUAACCUGGGAUGAUUUUUGCAUAAGGGGCGAAUAUGCAGUUUUUUUAGCCUACACUUGACGGAGCCUGUGCAAUGGCUAAAGACAUUAUGAUUUGAAAGACAGCCUCGAGGCUUUCGCAAAAACAGCUCAUUCCGAAUAAUUUUCCUAAAAUUAUUUACCAAGAGUGCGUCAAUGCGUGGUGCAGUUGUCAGUAGAGACGAAUGCUGAGCGAGCAUGGUAAAUGGAUAAUGUCCAGAGCAAGGUCCAGAGUAUGUAUAGCGCUACUUUAAAAUCGUGGACUUUUUAACAAUAGAAAUAUUAACGAAAGACUCCAAAAGGCUAGAUUUUUGAUUGAAUACCGACAUUAUGCGACCUGACAGCCCUCUAUGUAGGGCUAAGUACCUAUUCAGACAAAUAUAUGGUCGCUACAUUACUUUCCAAGCUGCAUUAUGGACGUGAUCGUAUAUAUUUAUUCCAUCGUAUGCAGGAAACAAGAUACAAACAAGCGUGACUGGUAAUUCAAUUCGGAUUAUGUGUGCUCGUGUGUUCAUAGCCUAGUCUUUACAAGCCAAAUGUAACCAAACAAGGUAUACUGCUUAGUGCUUAUUUACCAUUAUGUGGGUUUAAUGUGUUGUGUAAGCAUAUUAUAUAAGCCAUGCUAUCUACAUAGACGCUACUGUCGGUAUGAAUAUUGUUCGUAUUGAUCCAACGCAUAAUUCCGCAUAAUGAAUUCCCAUGAUGUGAAAUCAUGCUAGAUAUCAUGUGUUUCUGUCGUCCAAGGCGGACGAGCUAUGCUUUAAUCGUGUUGCAUGCGUUAGUCGCUUGUAUCGCAUUGCUAGAUGAAAUUUGAACUACGAGACUACAAAGUGAGUACUGAGAAGUGACAACUUGGUGAUACUGUCGGGUUUCGUCUCCAAUGCCUUCCUCUGCUGUGAUUUUAUCGGUGUGUCACUGUUGAUUCCACGGUAAUAUUGGGUACAAUAUCAAUCAUGGAAGUGUGUGUUUUCGUAGAUGGGCCUCAUCGAAGGUGCCAUCUUAGCGAUUAAGGGCGUUGCCGCAGUACUUUCCAGACAAUCAGUGCAAUCAAUAAUAAUGACAGGCUUCGGAUGCCAACACUACCAGUUCGUGACGUAGUCUGUCACGUGUUUGUGACUUGUCACGCGUUGAUCACGUUUUCGAACGUCACGAGAAUUGAUGAAAUGAUGAGCUUGUUAUGCGACCGUCAAUAUAUGCAUGCUGGCUGAUUAUGCA